CACGGAAGUUUGGAUCCGUUUCGCGGAAGCACGAAAGACACUGAUCUGUAAAGCAUAUACUAAACUGCAGCUUUGCCGCGGAUUGAUUUGUAAAUCAGCGGAGUUAAAAGGUCGACUUUGGUAGUGGACUUAGUGCAAGCAUGACCUCAGCUCUGGGUCGCCGCCUGGUUGCGUGUCUUCUGAACAUCUCUGAGGCUCUGGACAGAGAUGUGGUGGAGAAGGUGGCACAUGCAGCCAUCACCCACCAGCAUGGGGGAAGACGAAAAGGUGCGACUGUCCUGAACAUCUUCAGUGAUCGUGACUACAACCGUUCUGUUCUCACCAUUGUGGCAGACAUUGAGCUAAUCGGGGAUGUGGUUCUGUCAGCAUCCAAGCGAGCGUUCUCGCUGAUCGACAUGUCGGUGCAUGAAGGAAUCCACCCUUGCAUGGGAGCUGUGGAUCUUGUGCCUUUCUACCCUCUGGGAGAGGAGGUGAGCAUGGAGGAUUGUGCAAAAAAGGCUCAAGCUAUUGGAACAGCUCUGAUUGAGCAAGUGCCAGGCACCAGCGCGUUUUUCUUUGGCUGGGCAGAUAGACCGCUGCAUCGUGGCCUUGCUCACAGGAGGAAAGAGUUAGGCUGGUUCAGGAAGGUUCCCAACAUGGCUGCCGUCCGGUCUGACAUUGGACCACCGCCUGGGAGACGAUACGGACUAACAGGCAUCGGAGCAAGCCAUUAUGUAAUGAAUUGCAACGUAACCAUCGAUACCCAGGAAGUAUCUUUAGGGCGGGACGUUGCCGCAGCCAUCCGGGAGUCUAGUCCAGGAGGAAUCCCGGGGGUGCAGGUCAUCGCUCUUCCACAUGAAGGGAUGGUGGAAAUUGCCUGCAAUGUAGAAAGUGUCCCCAGUUCAGCUGCUGGAGGAGAAUCAUGGCCAGCAUUCAUAUUUGGGGAACAGACAUACUGCCACGCUCCAGCUUCACUCAUCACCACACGUGUAGCUGAACUGGCCAGAAGUUGGGGUGUGAGGACACAAGGAACGGCCCUGGUCGGGUUCACGCCGCUCGAGUGUAAGAAACUGGCGGAAACAGCGCUGUCUCAGGAUAUCGGACACUUCUGGAAGGAGCUCCACGGAGUGCACAUGUAGUACUAAAGCUUCUACUACAACUGGGAUGCUUGACAGGCAUCUACCUGGAAAAUGAACGGUGCUCUGAGUUAUCGGUUGUGGUGCACUUGUGAUCAGGGUUGCCAGACUUCUGUAACAAAACCAGCCAAAUAACCAGUUAAACUCUCCCAAAUACCAAAACUAAAUAUUGCUCUCAUCUUUAUAAAAUAUUUUACACUCACUGUUACACAAUAGGUGGGAUGUGGAAUAGUGUGGUAUCCUAGUGGUUAAGGUGUUGGACUACUGACCAGAAGGUCAUGAGUGUGAAUCCCAGGUCCACCAAGCUGACACUGCUGGGCCCCUGAGCAAGACCCCUAACCCUCAAUUGCUUAGUUGUAUAAAUUGAAAUAAAAUGUAAGUCACUCUGGAUAAGGGUGUCUGCUAAAUGCCAUAAAUAUAAAUAUAAAUAUAAAUAAUAAUUAUACAUUAUACACAACUUAAAAAUCAGUGAUGUGUAGUAGCGAGGUGCACAGUCAUUUUACCUUAAUAUUCACAGCUGGGGAAUAAAAUCAUUCCGGUCUGUUCAUUUUUAAACAAUUUCAGAUAUCAUUCUGCAUCUCAUCAGUUUGCUCAUUGAUAGAAUAGGCAUUGUUUAGAGUAAGACAUGUAAGCAACAUGUCAAAAGUUUAUUUAACCUGUGCAAAUAAUGUUGGAAACUUGGUAACUCUGCUUGUGAUACAAGUGUCGAAAUUUAGCGUUGUACAGUGCAUAGAAAAAGAAUGGCUAAACAGCUGAAAAUACUAUAAAGGUAAAUCUCUUGCUGUGCUUGAAUAAAAAACCUGACAAUCCAAAUUCUGCAUUCUGUCCCUGAUCUUAUGAACUGCAGGUUAAUAAAGUUAUUUGCAAAAGUGUGCACCCAGCCUCAUUUCCCUAAAAAAAUCUUACUUGUACUUUAUUUAUGCAGUUUCUUUGCAAAAUAUAUAUAGAAAGCUUGUGUAUUUGUGUUAAAUGCUGUUUGGAGGACACAAAGUGUAGAAAUACAGAAGUUUCAAAAAAUGACUUGUAAUUUUAUUCGUUUUACAGAAAGUGUUGGGCUUCAGCAGAUUAAAUGAGUUAUGUUUA